UAUUUUAUUUCCUCCCGGUUUAAUGAUGUCUCAAGAAAUCCGUGUUUUACAAUGCAUUCAAUGCCAAAUGUACCAGGUGGACAUUGUGAAGAAAGCGAACAAAUGGCAGUGUAAAAUUUGCCGGCAAAAGCAGAAUUUGCUGAAGGAGUUCUUCAGGGGAUCAGGACCAGAAUGCCGUGCCAAGGUGCAGCAGCUAAACUUGGAGCGUGGAUUGCAGGAGGAAAAACUGGAGGAGGAUCUAUUCCUCACAGCCCAGGAGCAAGUGGAUCAGAUGGAAAACAGCCUUGAAAAACAGAAUAGUACUCCCCAAAAGAAAAUGAAUAAGUGGGCAGACUAUGUGGAUGGACCCAUUGAGAUCCCCCAGAAAACUGCAGCAGUACCUACGGAAAUCGAAGAUGAAAAGCAAGAGGAACUCCCCAUGAAUUUUAAUAAAUCCAGGAACAAGGUAUCAAGGUCCAAUAAACGUCCUGCUGCAAGUCUGCCAGCUAUCAAUAAGAAAAGUUGCUCAAAAUGGAACGAUUUCUUAUAACAGAAGUUAUAAAACAGUUCGUUUAUUACAUAUGAUAUUUUGUAAGCCAUUAUUGUUAUAACCAUGUUCCAAAAUACCUUCCCAACCUCCAAAAUCCUAAGAACUAUGAUUUCUAAACUA